AUGCGUUUCUCUACUUUCUCGACUCUUGCAACCCUUGCGGCUUUCACGGCGGCACACCCAGGCCAUGAUCUGUCCGCCGACAUUGCCCAGCGUGCUGCAUUCAAGAAGGUUAGCACACGUAGCAACCUUUCUCACUGCAGCUCGCAGCUCGAGGCUCGCGGCAUCGAAAAGCGUAACUUGGCUCGACGCUCCAAGGCCGUCCAGCAGAUGCGGAAGCGCGACCUCGAGUCUGUCCUCGCCACUGAUCACAAUGCCACAUCUUCUGGUUACACCAAAAACACUCCUGAAAGUACCAUUUUUGCAAGUGAAAACUCUUGCGUCUUGACCCCCGAGGAGACCGAUGGCCCGUACUAUGUCACUGGAGAAUACGUUCGUAAGAACAUUGUCGAGUAUCAAACUGGUGUUCCCAUUACCCUCGACUACCAGGUCAUCAACGUCGACACGUGCGAGCCCGUGUCCGACGUGUACGUGGAGAUUUGGCACUGCAACGCCACGGGCGUCUACUCUGGCGUCGACAGCCCGCAGGGCGGACUCGACAGCACGUGGCUGCGCGGCAUCCAGCUGACGGACGACGAUGGCGUCGCGCAGUUUGACUCCGUCUUCCCGGGCCACUACACGGGCCGCGCGACCCAUAUCCACGUCCUGGUGCACCACAAUGCCACCAUUUACCGCAACGGCACCCUGGGCCAUGAUGCCACCGCCACACACAUUGGUCAGUCCUUUUUCGAUCAGGACCUCAUCUCGACCGUCGAGUCCACCUCGCCCUACACCCUCAACGAACAGACCUUGACGGAGAACUCGGCCGACGAUAUCAUGGCGUCCGAGGCGGCUACCGAGGGUGUUGACCCCGUCAUGCAGUACACCCUGCUGGGCGAUAAUAUUAGCCAGGGCAUAUUUGCGUGGCUCUCAUUUGGAGUUAAUGUGACUUCCUCGAGCAGCGCUGGUGCCGCGGCCAUCUACUAUGCAAGUGGCGGGGUCACUAACCCCGACGGGCCUGCUGCUAUGGGCCCUUAG